UGCUUCUUUGUCCUCACUGUAAACAGAUGUACUGAGAGACUCCUGCACUGAUGUUUCAUAGGAAAGUCCAAACAGCCUCACUGGUUCUCCAUAAAGAACAAAGAUUUGCUCUCUGUGGCUCCAACACAACUUAAAGACAAUCAAAGGUGGACAAAGUUCUCUGUGGUUUGAUGGAGGCUACAGCUAAAUGCUGCCUCCUCCAUAGUACUAUAUACAUUUUAUACAGUGACGUCAUGUUGAAGUCCUUUGGCUGAUGAUGGUCUUUAGUAUGUAGCUGAUGGUUGAUGAUGAGAUGUUUGUGUUGUUCUGUGGAGAUCAUUCAAGAACUGAACCUGUUAAACACUCAGACCUGCUUUAGAUUUCACCGCUUUAGUUAUGUCGCACUUAUUUAUGGUCACCCUACAGCAGCGUAAACACACGUGACUCUAACGUGACUUCCUUCAGAGACGAUGAAUUGGACGUAUUGAGUUUGAACGAGUGUCUAAAAAGUCAGAUCUGUUCUCACAGUCAGAGACUUUCAGAGACUUUUCAUUUAAACCUUAAAUUUAAUCUCAUGUAGUCAGGAUUUAAACUCAGGUUCAGUUAUUUAAAUAAAACCAUCCUGAGACAUUUAGAACAAUCGAAGCAUUGGAAUUCAAGAACACGGAAAUGUCUGCUGUGACUGCGUCGCUCUGCUCGACUUUGCUGUUUGUCGGCCUCUUCGUGUUUGUCUCUGCAGAGCAGAAAAACAUCACAGCUGAGUCUGGACAGAAGGUCAUUCUCCCAUGUCGAACUCCAAACAACAGCACAAUCACAUUUGUAAAGUGGAGCAAAACUGGCCUGGGAGAAGAUUAUGUCCUAUUGUACCGAGAUGGACACUUUGAUCCAGCCAACCAGCAUCCAUCUUUUCAGAACCGGGUGGAUCUGCAGGACAGACAGAUGAAGGAUGGAAACGUGUCUCUGAUUCUGAAGAAUGUGAUGAUUAAUGACACUGGAACAUACGAGUGUCGUGUCAUCAUGAGUGGAACAAAAAAUGCCCCCAGCAUCAUCACACUGAGUGUUGUUGAUCCUCCAGGUCAGACAGGAGGACACACAGAGGAUGGAGGAAAGAAGGACGGAGGGAAGGAAGCUGAAGGGAAGGAGGCAGGAUCUGUUGGACUGAAAGUUGGUCUGUCUGUUUGUGCCUUGCUUCUUGUUGCUGCUGUUGUUUUUUUGAUCUACAAAAAACAUAAACAACAACAGAAUCAGGAUUCAUACCAGCCUCCAGCUGAUCAGCAGCCUGCUUGAAAUGUGUCAGAGCUUCUUUUUUCCUCACCUGAUCUCUGAGUCUCUUGCUUCUCUUCCAGCUUCUCAGAGGUAACACUGCGAAUUCCAGAUACACAGAGGCUGUAUCUGUUGGACUGAUUGUCAGUCUGUCAGUUUCUGCUGUUCUUGUUCUUGUUGCCCCUGUUGUCAUUUUUCUGUUCUAUCGAAAACAAAGGAGUGUUUUAUAGCUCAACUUUGAGAAUCCUUCUCUUCUUUUCAAUGUUUUCUUUGAAAAUCAAUAAUUAUCUUAACACACAGAAACAGAGGAUGCUGAAUUUUACUCUGUCAGAUGACAAACACGUCUAGAUUUCAUUUUGAUUUUGCUUUUCUCUGAUUAUUAUCAAACCUCUUUAGACUAUUAUAUCAAUUUCAAUUUAAUAUAUUACAGUCCAACAUUAGAAUCAGUGGCUCUAUUUAUUCAGCUUUCCAGGUUAGCCGCUCAUCUCAGUGUAAAAGUUCAAAGCAAAUUCUUUGAAAAGUUAUUUAUAUUUCUUCCUCACUUAUAUGAUGAACAUCCAGGAGUUCCUAUUAUCAAACAAAACACAUCAAACAAAAUUUAAAGAUGUUUUUUCGUGUUUCUCCACACAAAUAUUUCAGAGUGAUUUCAUUUCAAACAUAAAAAUCUCAUGUUGUUCAUAGUUUUGAUUUUACUCAUUAUUCAUGAGUUCAGUGUCUCGUAUGUUGCAGUAUCAGAAUCACUUCAGGUUCAGCUGUUUGUAAGAUCAAACUUUUUCUGUGAGAUUUGAAACGCAAAUUAAUCCUCAUGUAGAGAUCAGCUGUUACAGUAUAAUUACUGUCACACAUACUGAACCAACUGACAACACAAACACUGUGUGUGAUGAAGAAAAGACAAAUUACUGUAGAUUAUAGACGAUCAGUAAUCUGCCCGAUAGUGUUCAGGACUCAUCGGUCAGCUACAGCUGAAUAAAUGUUAUGAUGGACAGUGUUAUGAAACCAAAGUGAAGGUAAUUAUUUCCAUGUAGCUGCAGAGUCAGAGGUUUCCUCUCUGAUCUGUGAAGCUUUGAACUUUUCCUUCCAUGAAGGAGACGCUUCAGUCUGUUACUGCAGUUUAAAUAUUUCAAGUCCAGGUCACAUAUUAUUAAUUAAUUUAUUGUCUCUGUAAUUUUGUUCAUUGCUAAUAAAGUUUUGCAAACAACA